UUGCUUAUGUGAGUGUGUGUUGGUGGUUUCUAAGUGAGUCUACUCAGUUUACUAUAUCGACUACAAGUCUGGUCCCAUUCGAAGUUUAAGAGUCAGAGUGCUAGGAACCGAGUUCAGGAAUAGACGCACGUUGUCGUUGCCGUUCUUUAGUCGUUUGUCGUCCCCCAGGUGUUCUUUUGGUGGUGUGUUAGCCAGGCUAGUCGGGAGAGUCCCUUGGGCAAGUCAGUCAUUCGUCAGCCAGGAGUGAGUUUAAUUUCCCCGGUGUGUCAUUUUGGGAAGCAUUUCUGCGGCCCCCCGUUUGGAGUCAACAACAGCAGCAAAGUUUUUGAAUUGACGACCAUCGUUCGGUGGAAAGUGCAUCGAAGUUUAGUGGCGUUGCACAGUGUAGUUUCGUGGGGUGGCCUCGUCUAGGUCUAGCUAGUUUUAAAGUGUGUAUCGGGAAGUGAGUCUCCGGUAGUUGCAAGUGUGCGAGAUUCUACAGUGCGGCCUACUGAGUUGGGUUGUGCAAGUUCGUAAUAAAUUCCGCACAAUCCGUGGCGAGCUCUGUUCCCUGCCUGUCGCUUGACCUCUCGUGUCUCUUCUCCUCUGUGGCAAAGUGUGGAAAAUUGUUUUUCCGAGCUCGCGUGAGGGCUUUCUGUUCCAGCAGGAGGACACCGCAAAUUGAGUUUUGAAAAGUGUGUGACUUGGGUUAGGAAAUUUAUUGAUCCAUUAAAGGCACCUCACUGUAACGUGGAGCGAAACCAGGUGCAGCUCGAGUUCUCGUUCAGCCCUAUUUAAGAAGUGUGUAGAAAAGUGGGGUGAUUCUUUGCUGUGCUCUCUUGGUUUAUCUAUCGUGAGUGUUGCUCUCGGAAUAAAAUAUCUACAAUAAAAAAAAAGUGUAAUAACCACAACCAAACCGUUGGAUACUAUUUGGUGUGGAGAAACCCAAGAGUCGAAGGUUGUGUAAUUCCUCAUACACAUACACGCAGUAAUCAACACGUACGGUCAGCAGGAAACGCGAAACGCCAAGAAGUGCAGUCAGUGCUCAGCAACUCGGUACCAAAACACCAGAGGAUCUCGAUCAAAGUAACCUUCGAGUCUUAAUUCAAGCAAUUAUCAAGAUGCCCCAAGCAGACGGGGGUUAUGUUUCGCUCGGGGGUGGGCCACAGGCCGUCUAUCAGCAGACGACGGAACCGCAGGGCGCCACCAAAUCGGUCAUGGAAACGGUAAAACGGGUCAUCGGAACUGCGAUUGGGGCCCAGGACAAGCUGUCGCUGCUCGAAGGUGCCAACGGAAAUGGGCAGCCGUACAUCAUUAGUAGCAGGGACCGGGACCGAACCGGAAAAGCGGCCAACGUCAGAAUGCCAUCUGCUCCAGCUCACACUGCCGAGGAAGCGCGCCUGUUGGGAGCCAUGCCAGUGGACCCAAUGGACGACAUCGAGCUUCGCUCCGUUCAGCUGCAGUACCCCAAUCAGCGGGGUUCGAUCGUGGGCCAGUGUGACCUGCGGCGAGUUCCCACCGACAAGGGCGACAUCCUGGUUGCGGUCCAGGGCGAUACAACGAAACCGGCCAUCGUGACGUACCACGAUCUGGGACUGAACUAUGCAUCGAGCUUCGCAGGAUUCUUCAACUUCCCAUCGAUGCGUGCCCUGUUAGAUAACUUUUGUGUCUACCACGUGAACGCCCCCGGUCAGGAAGAAGGAGCUCCCACUUUCCCGGAAGACUAUGUGUACCCAACGUUCGAUGAAUUAGCUGCCCAGCUGCUCUUCGUGAUGUCACAUUUCAACCUAAAGGCCAUCAUCGGAUUCGGAGUUGGAGCCGGAGCCAACAUUCUGGCCCGGUUUGCUCUGGCCAACCCCGAUAAGGUUGGCGCCCUGUGUCUGAUCAACUGCAGUUCGACGGCCGCCGGAUGGAUCGAGUGGGGUUACCAGCUGUUGAAUACACGAAAUCUCCGCACCAAAGGCAUGACCCAGGGUGUGCUGGAUUAUCUGAUGUGGCACCACUUCGGUCGAAAUCCAGAGGAGCGCAAUCUGGAUCUGGUUCAGCUGUACAAAUCCAACUUCGAACGGUCGAUAAAUCCCGUCAAUCUGGCCAUGCUGAUCGAUUCCUACAUCAAACGCUCGGAUCUGAACAUUGCCCGGACACCAUCUGGCACUCCUCAAAACGCACCGUCGCUGAAAAUGCCAGUUCUGAACAUUACCGGAGCAUUAUCGCCACACAUCGACGAUACGGUGACACUCAACGGUCGCCUGAUGCCGGAGAAGACUAAUUGGAUGAAGAUCUCCGACUGCGGUCUCGUGCUAGAGGAGCAACCCGGCAAGCUGGCCGAGGCAUUCCGAUUGUUCCUGCAGGGCGAAGGCUACGCACCAACAUUUUCACCGCAUGCAAAAAACCUUACUACUACUUCAACAACUAACUACACCAUCAACAACAACAACAACAAUGCCAACGAAACGUCCAACAACAACAACAAUCAAGAGUUCGAUAAGCUCAACGGAAACAACGUCAUCAUCGUCGGGGGAACCCUAGGAAGUGUCUCGGAUAACAACAACGACGAUCUGCCGGUGAGCGCAACGACCGGUGCCGCCAUCCGGAUAACGGAGAACCCACUGCCCGAGAAUGUGGCAUGCUAGAAAAGAGACAUAUCGAAGCGAGGUUCCGGAGUAGUAGAGCGAGGUCUAGGAGAGGGAGUAGGAAUAGAGGAGCAGAUUACGGUCAGGGUCCUGGAAGAGGUGGCGGUUUCACCGAUAAUGUGCGGGACCUGUGGCCGGGAUCUAAGGGUGGAGGCGGUGGCGGAGACCGUCCGAAAUAACUAUCACUAUUGUAACAAAGCGAGAAGUGAGUGGCAGCAGGUACAGGAGGAGGAAGAGGAGGUGUGGACGAAACGUCGCUAUAGGGUCGAGAAGGUACUGUUGAAUGCUAUUAUUUCGAUACGAAUGUAGACAGGAAAGUGAGAAACAAGUUAUGGAAGCUUAAUUUGUUUACUAAAACUACCGUAAGCCUCGAAAGGUAUUUUUUGGAGAAUUCACUCGAGCAGAUUAAACGGGGUUCAGUUCGUAUUGAAUGAAGAAAAAAAAAGUUGGCAACCCUUCUGACGAGACACUGGAUUCCUAAGCAACCAAAAGUCGCAUUUUUACUACAAGAUGAAACUCCGAAGUUCACAUGUUCAAAUGUUUAACGGUAGCUUCAGGUGACUCUUGUCACGUAAAAAUUACUGUGGAGCUUCCAUCGAUUUUUGAAAGGUUAAAUUAUCGAUAACGGAACUUCUAAGCGCUUUUGAUGCAACUUCUUCCUAGAAGGUCGAAAACGUUCGCUUAACACUUUCUAACUCACCGUUAAGAUACUUCUAGGUGUUUUAAAGAACCUAUAUGUGAAUUCUAAGCGACAUGUCAAAAAUGUCUGUAAAUUUCUAGUCAUGGUAUUGGUUUUGUUUAUAUCUUUACUGAUAUUUACAAAUGGAAUUCAAAAACUUUUCGAAUUUUUCUCAUCAAUGUUAAGAUAUUCGAAUUAAUUUUUGAUGAUUAGAAUUUUUGUUAUAUUUACUGAAAGUCCUUUGAACGAAAUAAGGUAUAAUCUAUUGACCAACCCAUUCAAUCAUCUUAAAUCAAAUUCGAAUAACACUUGUAAAAUCUUCAAGAUUUAUGGGUUUUCAGAAAUGUAUUAUUUAUUACGGUGAAAAAUUAAAUUUUGUAUGAACUUUCUGCUCGAAAAAUGCAUCAUAGUAGACAGCUCGAAAACCACAGUCUAUCAACUGUGGUUUUACACAGCUCCGCGUGCUUCGACUAGCCACCGCUAGAGAGUGCUGUUAAACAUCGCUUCGAGCAGUUAAUGAACUACUCGUAUCGAACCUCAGCAACCAAUUUGUUCUGCUCGAGUGACUCCUCUUAAAAGGCUUCUUGAAAGUUUUGAUAAAUUUAUAGGUUUUAUUAAUUUGUAUUACUAAAAUUCAAAUUGUCCAAACCUCUCGCUACACAAAACCGGCGACAGUGUCAAAAUCAAUGUAAAACUAUAAGCAAAACCGUGAUACUACAAAAAAAUCCCCGAACAGCAGAGCAAUUCAAAAGUUGGAAAGAAAGAUUAUAAUCAAAAAUCUAAUUUGGAAACAAGAGGAAAUAAAAUUCGUCAAACAAUACCGACUGAUUGUUAAAAUAUCAUUAUUUGUAGGAAUUCGUAACUACAUUAAAAAGUGGACUGGGUCGAGUAAAACUUGAAAAGUAAAUCAACAAUGGCAAGGCACAGAAGUUCAGAAAAGGAAGGGAAAUUAAGUGAAUAUGAUCAAAGAUCAAAUCAUUUUGUAAAGCAUAAUGCAUAUCUUUUGAAAUCGAUGAUAACUCUCUUCAUAAAUAGUGAAACAAAUUAUAAAUAAUAAAGUGAAAUUUAUUCGUUUAUUGCAAAGAAAAAAAAACAAAGCUAAGCUUAAAACAAGGCUGAACCUAACGAACUACUUAGAAGAUUGCUUGCGACGAAAACCUCCUCUCCACAGGGCAAAGUUUAUCUUUAAACAAAAAUUUACACCUACACGCUGACACCCGGAGGGCAAAACCAGAGCUAAUUCCACUCAGAGACAGAGAUGAAAUACCAAAGAAAACGAAUAGAGGCGCACCUGUUGUUAUUUAUUAGGAGAAUGGCACCCAACAUCACCCCAAACAACACUGAAGCACAUUGAUUUAAAAACACACAACAACAAAACAAUUAUUAUGAAACACCUUAAUCCUAGUCCACACUAGGCAACUUGGACUGCGAUUUCGGUUGCUGAGACUUGUUUAUGUUUACAUUUGCACUCGUCUCGUCUCAUGUCUCCCGACUAGUAUGGGAGACCUUCAGCAACCAAGAUGUAAACAUAAACAAGUCUCAGCAACCGAAAUUGCAGUCCAAGUUGCCUAGUGUGGACUAGGCUUUAGAACGAGAAAUUAGUGACCAAUACACACAACCCCUCGGAGAAAACUUGUUCAAUUAAUCCCCAGAAGUUAAGUCAACUCUUUAAAAAACCUAAUUGUAAAACUAACCUUGUCCUGUACUUAUAUGAAAACCUAUAAUUGUAACCGAAAUAAGUUCAAUUGUCCGACUAAACUGCCAUAAAGCAAAGCGUGUGUGCGCACCCCCAAUAAUGUUGUAAACAAAAAAAAACAAAAACGGAAACCACAACACUCUUAGUUUGCUUUCCGAAAAUCGAAGUUUAUCCGUUUUUGUUAAGAAAAAAAAUCAGGAUUACGCUUAAUUCCUACCAACAAAGGAGAAACAAAUUCAAAAAGGAUAAAACAGAAAACAAAACAAACCGGGAACCAGAAAAUCUGUACCAUAAAAAAGUAUGUUGUUGAGAGUAUGUAGUUAGUGUUGGGUAAUGUAAUAAGAAAUUGUAACAAAAAAAAAACGACAGCGAGACGACAACGGGGAAACUAUUUAGUACAUAGUGAACUAGAAGAGCUAACAAACAAACAAACAGAAAAAUGAAUCUUAUCCAGAAUCAUAUGCUUGACGAGAGGCUUUUCAGGGUAUCGAUCAAAAUUUGUUUUUCAAAUUCCGGUGGUUUGUAAAUUUUCUGAUUUCAGAAAUUGGCAAAAAAAUUUUAAUUUAGGGAUUUUCGCUAAAUAAUUUCAGAAUCAGAGUUUGGAAAAAAAAACUCAGUUAUUUGAGUUUUUGACGUAUUAACUCGAAUAAAAAAUCUUCCAAAAAGUGUGUAAAAUUUCAAAUGCCGACAUCCAAAAAAUACGUUGAAAAUUGAUUUGAAACAGAUGACAUAGCACCGUUUAAAAGUUACAAAUCAAAUUUUCAAGUGCCCAGAUUUCGAAAAGGCGGAAAGGCGUUUUCUGUGCCUGAAUCGGAAAGAAAUAAGUUUUAAAACCAAAAAAUUAGUAUGGAACUAAGUAUUCAUAAGUUUUAGAGGUGCUCAAAUUUAAAAUGAUUGAUGUAUAAGUUUAGUAUUUUUAUAAGUUUAGAACUGAGUUCUGAGUGAAGAAAUAAAUAUUUAAUGAGAAGUUCAAAAUUAAAGUUCAGGAAAAUAAUUGAAAAAAAACAUCAGACAUCAACAUUGUAUAAAAAUUCAAAUUAAAAAACUCAGAAAACAGAAAUGAAACAUCCAAUUCUGAAUUCAGGAUCCUCAUUUCAGAAUAACUCACUAGAGUUAAAAUUUCAAAAUAAAGUUCUUUAGCAACAGUUUUUAUGAUAAAUAAUGUAUUUCCUGGAAAUGAGGAUCUGUAAAUCUGAAUACAGAUUAAAAUUUUUAAUUCUGAUUUGUUAUUCCAAAUUGCAGAAUGAUUUGCAAUAUGAAAAUAUUAGUUCAAAAAAUGCAAGUGCCCAGAUUUCGAAAAGGCGGAAAGGCGUUUUCUGUGCCUUAAUCGGAAAGAAAUAAGUUUCAAAAACAAAAAAAUUAGUAUGGUUACUAAGUAUUAAAAAUCCAGAUACACAAUUCAGCAUAAAUUAUUUAGUGCUCAAAUUAAAAACUAAGUUUAAAAAUUUGAAUUCUGAGUGAAGAAAUAAAUGUUUAAAGCGAAGUUCAAAAUCAGAGUUCAGAAACUAAAUUUAAAAAAAACAUCAUAUUUAAAAACAUAAAAUGAAAAUUCAAACAUCUAAAUUCAAAAAACAUAAAUGAAACACUCAGUUCUGAAUUGAGGAUUCGCAUUUAAGAAUAACUCACUAGAGUUACAAUUUCAGAAGGAAGUUCUUUAGCAACAGUGUCUACAAUUAAUAAUGUAGAAUCAAGAAAUGAGAAUUCAAAUCCAAUUUCAGAAUUUUACAUACAAAUAUAAAAACUAUGAAAAUAUAUAGAAUUUAAACUUCAAAUCCUGAAUAAAGAAUCCUUAUUUCGGAAUAGCUUGGACAAUGGAUAGCUCCAAAAACAAAAAAAAAAUAGGAAUAAGAUUUAGAUUGAGACCUUAAGUUUCCAAUUUUAAAAAAAUCAACCGCAUUUGUAAAUUAAAUCCAAGUUUGGAUUUCACAAUCCAAAAGAAGAUCUGUAAAUCUGAGUACAGAUUAAAAUUUUAAAUUCAGAUUUUGAAAUCCACUUUGCCGAAAAAUUUGUAAGAUGAAAAUAUUAGUUCGAAAAAAUGCAUAAUUAAAGGUUAGUUAAGAGCUUAAUAUUUUUCAUUUAAUUUUGGAAUUGAGGAUUCGCGGUCUCUUAGUUUAAAAUCAGUUUCGGAGGAUUCCAAUUGAGGCCCUCAGAAUCAAAUAGAGAGAAAGAUAAGGGCCCAAAUGAUAGUUUCGAGAAAACUCGCUAAAAAGUUGUCUAGGUGCUCGAUUUUUCAUAUAUUUUCUGAAUACCAGCAGAUUUUAAAAUCGAAAAGGUGUUAAAAAAAUUCAAAUCUGAGUUUUUCACCAGAGGUAUAAUAAGAUAAGAAGAAUCGAUUGGUAAACUUUCAAAAUCAAUGAUUUAGGCUCUGAUCUCCCUCUCCUUUUGAAGGCCUCAAUUGAAUUCCACGUUCUGCUAUUUGACUUUACAGAAAAAUGCCACGGUAGAGAAUUUUCAACAAACCUUUCGUAUAAAAACUUCAGAUAUCAGAAUCAGAAUUCAUAAUUUUAGAUCCCGAAUUAAGUUUGCAAAAGGAAUGUGAAAUUUUCUAUAUAAAUUCAACAACGUUAAAUUAGGAAUUAAGUUUGCCAAAUAUCGAAAAUAUAUCGAGACUCCAAUGGUAGCUCAAAAAUUGUUUUUAAAUUAAAAAAUAUGGAUAAUUAAGGGUUUCACCUCAGAAAUAAAGUUUUUCAUUAAAAUUAGGAAUUGGGGAUUCAAGGUUUUUCAAAGUAGAGUACCAAACUUAGAAUCAGAAUUUCCAAAAAUUCAAAUUGAGGUCCACAGAAUCAGAGGAAGAUUAGUGCCCAAAUGAUAGUUUCGAGAAAACACGCUUCAAAGUUGUCGGGAUGCUCGAUUUUUCAUCUAUUUUUUUAAUACGAACAGUUUUAAUUCAAUCGAAAUGAUGUUAAAAAUUUAAAUCUGAGUUUUGCAGCAGAUUUAAAUUGAGAUAAGAAGAAACGAUUUAUUAGCUUAACUCUAAAUCGAUGAUUUUGGCGCUCAUCUUUCUCAGAUUCUGAGGGCCUUAAUUGAAAUCCCCCUUCUGCUAUUUGACUUGAGAGACAAAUUUUAUGGCAGAGAAUUUUCAACUUACUAUUCGUAUAAAACUUCAGAUAUCAGAAACAUGAUUCAAAAUUUGAGAACCCGAAUCAAGAGUCCAAAAAUUAGGCCAAAAAUUUUCUAAUAAAUUUAACAACGUGGAAAUAGGAAUUCAGUUAUCCAAAAUAUCGAAAAUAUAUCGAUACUCGAAUGGUAGCUCGAAAAUUGAAAUAAAGAAAAUUGUGUUUGCACUAGCGGCCGCUAGAGUGAGCUGUCAUACUCAAAAUCGAGCAGUUGACUAGCUACUCGAUUCGUAUAACAAUUCCGAACCGAUUCUAGAUUUUGGCGAUUUUUUGUUAUCUAUAAUAUACUUGAUUAAAAACUAAAAAUCUAGAUAUUUAAACGUAAAAGUUCAAAUAAAACACGAAAUUUUAGAUUUAAUUCUCAUUAUUUAUCAAUAUUUUACGUAUCUCAAAAGUUUUUUCUCCUGUAAAUCAAAUCAUUAUAAAUGUUUGAAAAUUUACACUAAAAGCACUGCUCAGGAAGCGGAAAUAAAUGAAAUCACCCCAUAUUUUAAGGAAGAAUGUUAUAAAGUGGUAUAUUCCUGAAAGCAAAAUAUUACAAAAAUCCAAAUUUAAAAAGAGGUGAGGAGUUCCAUUUUUUUUAAAAUCAAAACAGAGCAAGGGUCAGAAUUUGAAAUGAAAAUAUUCAUUUAAAACAGGAUUUUCUAACGUCUAGUCCAGCUCUCAGAGCUACAAUAAACUCAUAUUUCUUUUUUAUAAACUCAGCGCCGAGAAUUCAGAACAUAUAGCUAAGAACUUUGAUUUCAGUGCUUUGAAAUUCUGAAUCCGAGCUCUGAUUAUGUAGGUACAAUAUGUUAUUUACUUAAAAUUUUCUCUGACUCUAAAAAACUAAUUUCGUGAUAGAGAUUUUUUGAAAAUCGUUUCAUUUAAAAACUUCAGAUAUCAGAAACAAAAUUCAGAACUCUACAUCGCAAAUUAAAAGUCCAAAAAGAAGGUUGAAAUUUCCUAUAUAAAUUCAAAAACGUAAAAUUAGAAAUUAGGUAUUCCAAAAUAUCGAAAUUAUAUCGAAUCUCGAAUGAUAACUUGAAAAUUUAAUUUCUUAAGGCAAUUGUGUUUGCGCUAGCGACCGCUAGAGUGAGCUGUCAUACUUAAAAUCGAUCAGUGACUAACUACUUGAUUCGUAUAACAGUUCCGAACCGAUUAUAAUUUUCGAAUAACGAUUUUUUUUUAUAUCUACGAUACCUGAUUAAAAAUUGAAAAUUUGGGAGUUUUAACUUAAAAGUUCGAGUUUUUCUGGAAAUUCUCGAUUGUAAUUUAUCUUCUAAGUUUUUUCUCCUGUAAAUCAAAUCACGCGUUUGAAAACACUGAUCAGGACCAUGGGUGUCAGGUGUCCUGAUUUUUCAGGAUUUGUCCUGAUUUUCGAGAGGCUGUCCUGAGUUUUCAAAAUCACUUGAAAUGUCCUGAUUUUAGAAAAAUGGUCCUUAAAAUGUCCUGAUUUGUCCUGACUUUUAAAAAAUAUCUAAAUUAUUACUAAAUUUAUUGCUAAAUGAUAAGAACAUCAAACAAAUCUUUCAUAAAAUAGAUUAACCAGUUUAACCGAUGAUGAUAUUUGGUACAAAUGAUGUUUUCCGAUAUUAACCGCAGGCCAGCCAAGAUUCUUCUCGCUUCAGUUGCCUAAUUUGAGGCGUUUUCAGCACCUGUAUUUCGCCUUUAGUUAUGCUAUUCAAGCAGAGCUGCAUGAUAUUUUCAUCAAUUUAGUGGUGUGCUAAAAAAUCCUGAUUUUUUUAAUCGUGCUGUCCUGAUUUUUGAUAAAACCACUUGGCACCUUUGCUCAGGACUCAGAAACAGGGGUGUCAGGUGUCCUGAUUUUUCAGGAUUUGUCCUGAUUUUCGAGAAGCCGUCCUGAUUUUUGAAAAACGCUUGAAUUGUCCUGAUUUUUUAAAAAUGUCCUCUGAAAUGUCCUGAUUUGUCCUGAUUUUUCAAAAAAUAUCUAAACUAUAACUAAACUCAUUGUUAAAUGGUAAGAAAAUCAAACAAAUAUUUAAUAAAACAGUUGAACCAUUUUAAUCUUUGGGUUAAAUGAUAUUUAAAUAGUGUUUUUCGAUAUUGACAUCAGGCCAUCCAAGGUUCUUCUCGCUUUAGUUGCAUAAUUUGAGACAUCUUCAGCACCUUUAUUUCGCCUUUAGUUAUGCAAUCUAAGCAGAGAUACAUGAUAAUUUCAUCAAUUUAGUGGUGUCCUGAAGAAUCCUGAUUUUUUUCAUAGCGGUGUCCUGAUUUUUGUCAAAUCCACCUGGCACCCCUGCUCAGAAAUAAAGGAAGGGCCUUAGAGAUGAAUGUCGCCUUGCUGUUAAAUUCCCGAAAAAAAAUUAGGGGAAUCACUUCAUAUUUUAAAGCAGAAUGUUAUAAAGUGAAUAAAAAUUAAAUAUUUCAAAAAUCCAAAUUCAAUUUUUUUUUAGGUUUUAUUUUUGACACUUUACCAGCAUUAUGGCAUUCGUGUCUACAAAUUCAAAAUGAGGAGUUCCUUUUAAAUGAAACAAGGAGUUUGGGGUGUGAUUGUAAGAUUUCAAACAAAUUUUUAACGUCUAGCCCAGCACAGAAGUUAAAAUUAACUCAUAUUUCUUUUUUAUAAACUCAAAUUUAAGUGAGGAGUUCCAAUUUUUUCAAUCAAAACAAAGCAAGGGUUCAAAUUUCAAAUGUAACACGCAGAUUGGAGUGUUAUUAUGAGAUUUCACUUAAAACAGAAUUUCUAACGCCUUGUCCAGCACUCAGAAUUUCUGAGUCAGAAAAACUCAUAUUUCUUUUUUCUUUAUAAACUCAGCAUCGAGAUCUCAGAACAUAUUGCUGAGAACUUGAAGUUUAAUGUAUUGAAAUUCUAAAUUUGAACUCUGAUUCUGUAGGUACAAUAUGUAAUUGAUAUGAAAUUCUCUUUUUUAGAACAGAAAAAAAGCAGACGAAUUUUGAAAUCUGUGAGAAGUUGAUGCUAGAACUGUUGUAAUUGUGGGUCAUUUUUGUCAUUAUCAGCUUAUGUUAAGUAAGUUGAGUACCUUCUUUCGAGAAUUAACAAUGAAGAGCUUUGAUUGAAAAGAUUAGAAUAAUGAAGCCCUUUUUUUGAAAUUUGAAUUCAGACAUAAAAUCUUGAAAAAUUUUAUCCUAGUUCAGAAAUCUGAACACUAAAUAAUUUUUCGGUGUUGGAAAAUCAAAAUUAAUAGUUAAACUUAAUUUAAGAGAACUUUUUUUUCAUUUGCUCUUUAUUUAAAAAAAUUAAAGGCGUUUUAAUUUUUUUCAUAAACAAUGAUACCUUGAAAAGUAGUAGGUACUUAACAUAUUAUCUAACUGUGUAGAGAUGUAUCCAUAGAACUAGAAAGCUUCUGCUGUAGUAACCCUAAGCCCAGAAUCCAGUUCAAUAGAAGGAAGAAAUAUACAGCCCAACCGAAACCUAAAACAACAACAGUAUAAAUUAGCCAAGUUUCAUCACCAUUUCUAGUGGCUACAUUCCCUAGAAGCUAGAUCCAGUGAAAAUAACAACAACAAAAAACUCAGCUAAAGGCAGUGAACAAUAUGAUAGUUUCUAAAUCAGAACAAUAAUUACCGAGGUAGCCCAAGAUGGUCCCUAAUUUUGCUUAGAAAUGCUACUUAGCUCGACAGUGAAAAGAUAUUUGAAAAGCAACAACAAAAAUUUAACCAAAAAAAAACAUGUUACAGCGUUUGCCUUUUUCCUUUGUUUCACAUCGAAAUUCUUCUCGAGACUUUUUAAUGUUUUAGCAUCUGUUAAAAGAUAAACAAGAACAAGUAUUAAAUAGACAAGUUUACUAAACUUUAAACGGAAUGUCUCCAACAAAUAGAAGAAAAAAGUUGAUAAUAUAGUUUAUAAACGAAAAAAAACUUCUUAAACAAUGUGAUAAAAUGGACAAGUUGAGAAAUUAACUACGACUAGUAUAAACAAAAACAUACUUAAAAAUCCCGAACAUUCAAAACCAAACACGAGAGGAGGAAACUAACAAUAAAGUUCUUUCGCACGACUUUUGACACUCAUUGAUUUGUGAAACGGAUUAUUAUCACCCGAUCAUAGUUACUCUCCAUACAACAGAACAGAAAGAAAUCUUAAAAUCACCUUCACCUGGAAGGAAUUCAAACAAAUUUGAUUUCUCACUUGAGUGCCUGAUCGUUGAAACGGAUAUUUAAAAAUGAAGUAAAACACACGGGAAAAUAAACCAACCCACAUGCAUUCGAUAACAUGCUGCACAUGAGCAUGCAAGUUUUGCAUUUCGUAUUUUUGCAAAUCAGUUUUUGAUUUUCGAAACGCGGCGCCCCUCUUAUUCAUAUCGUCAUUUGUAAAAGCAAUUACUCUUAUUGUGUAGGCUUUUUUUUGUAUUGAAAACCAAUCGAUAACAAUAAAACAUAAAACACACCACCCGUUUUUUCAAGUGUGAAAUAGUUGUGUACUAUUUAAACCCCUUCAUUGCACGCUGCAAACGCGGAUAAUCGAAGACUAAACCAAAUCGAGAACAACUUGAUCAACAAUGCCUCUCGAGAUAACUUUUACUAUCAUUUGCUCUGCAUUGAAGACAACAACAGCAACAAGCAAAAAAACGCACAUUAAUCACACAUUAAAGCUCGAGAAAUCGAAGAAAGUAACAAUGAGAGCGAUAAAGAAUUAGCAUACUCACACUGAAUGAAGCAAAUCCCAGGAAAGGUAAAACAGAAAAACAAAAACACCCAUAAAGGCCCCGGUGAAUGAUUUGCUGUGUCAAAGGUAAAGCGGAGUAGAGCAGAAGGAAAAGUGAGAAUAUCAUACAUAGAGGAAAAAAAGGAAACAUGGAGGCCGAGGCGCGCGCAUUACAUUUAGGCUAGUAAAUGCUACUAAUUAACACCAGCAAAAACAAACAAGAUGUAUUGCUUAUUGGUCAGUCGCUGACAGAAUGGAACAAUUAACGAAAACUUGCCGAAACCGAAAACUUAGGAACGCAACGGUUCAAAACACUGCAGAAGAACAAAAAAAAAACAAAGAAGGCUAAGUAAAUGUAUGCAAAAUCAAUAAAUAAACAGCAAACAUCUGUAUAUUGAAAAAGUGUUGAAAUAAAUAAAUUCAACAAACAAUAACAUCCACUGCUAAAAACAAAAACAAAAAAAACGCAACUGUAACGAGAUCAUAAAACUCUUUAAAACCAAAAAUCAACUAAUGGAUCAUUAAGUUAAUGAUUCGGGCAUUCUGUUAUCGACAUCAAUAAAUGAUAAGUAAAAAAGAGAAUAACAAUAAAACUAUUGAAUCAAA